AUGGCCACACUAUCAGUUCGCGCCUCCCGGCUCACAGCUUCACACGGUCUCCCAUUGAUGCGACAUGGGAUGUCAACAUCGGUUCGAACUUCCCACACCGAAAUCAAAGACCUGGCAUCCACUAUGCCACCAGGUUAUAAAGCCCGAGUAGGUCUGCUGCAGACCUUCUGCUUGCCAGAACGUGUGACUGGUAGCCAAAGCGACCGCACGAUGGGCAAGGCUCUGGUUGAUGCAUGGCAGAAAGAUGGCAUACUGCAGAUAGCGAUGACCCCCCGCCAGGAAGCCCUACAUUCACAGGCACAGCAGAAUAGCCAAGAGUUCUUUUCAAGACCACAUGCUGAGAAGGCAGCGUGCGUGGACAGCCAGAGCUACUCGGGCUACAUAGCCAGUGGGGAGGAGAUAACUGACGGAAUAGCUGACUAUAGUGAGAUCUUCACCGUCACAAAGGACCUGGAGCUGGGUGAUGCUAAGGUUAAAGCCCAAUGGCCAUGCCACGGGCGAUGCCCUUGGCCUGAUGCAGCCAUGCGGGACGUGAUGAAGGAAUACAUGAACGAGCUUGGUAACUGUGGCGAGACUAUGUUACGUCUAUUGGAGUAUGGUCUGGAGAUACCAGAAGGGACGUUGACGCAGCAAACUGAUGAUGGCUGGCACCACUUGCGCAUCUUACGUUUCCCACCCCAUAACAAGACCAAUGGAAAAGGCAAAAAAGGCCGUGGUAUUGGUUCACACACAGACUACGGUCUGUUGGUCAUCGCCGCUCAAGACGAUGUUGGUGGACUGUUCAUUCGGCCACCUUACCAGGGCGAAAAAUACGCGAAUUGGGAGAAAUCUGCUGCUGGUAUGGCUGAAGAGGACGAGAAGUGGACCUAUGUCCCCCCUGUGCCUGGUGUCUUCACCGUGUUUCCCGGCGACAUGAUGCAGUACAUGUCCAACUCUACUCUCCCUUCAACUUCCCAUAAAGUGGGCCUGAACACGCGUGACCGUUUUGCGUUCGCGUACUUUCACGAGCCCAACUUCAAAACCACUUGUCGACCUCUGCCUGGCUAUGACGCGGGGCAGACUCCGCGCGAAGGCAUUCAUUACGGCACGCACUUUACCAACAUGUUUCUUCGAAACUAUCCAGACAGAAUCACCACCAGUCGCAUGAACCGCGAGAACAGAUAUAAGAUCCUGAAGUCGCCUGAAGUUCGCGAUGGCUGA